AUGGUGUGGAUUGCGGUGGCAUUGGUGAGUUGGAGUCCAUUGACGGCGCUGAAUUGGGUGCUGGUGGGUGUGGGGUAUGGGUGGUCGGUGUUUUUCCUGUUGCGGAAUAUGUAUCCUGUUCUCAGUGCGACGGAUGCAAAGACUAGUAGAGUACUGUUGAUUGCGGUUAUUUUGCUACAUGUGGGAUUGGCGAUUGCGAUUAAGAUCCUGUUUUUUGCCCACGGAAGCCCAGUGUCAGACAAGAAUAAGGAUAAGGAUAAGGAUCAGGAUCAGGACGGCGAUAAGAAGGACGAUACCAAAGAUGAUUAA